AUGGUUUUUCAUACUAUGCUCCAAAGACUUUAUUAUCGCUUGAGAGGAGCUAACAAAGACGCCGUUGCCCCACCGACCGCCACCAUGUCUGGCGCCUUUGACGAGUCGGCCAGCCUGGAGGAGAACACCGACAGUUUCUGGGAGUCGGGAUGUUCUUGUCUAUCGGAAAGUGUGGGGAACAUACAAGCGUCUGUGAGGCGAAUCGACGACGGUCACAGACUGUUGCAAUGACUCAUGAGUUGCAAUCCAGGAGAGAGCUAAGACGAGAAAGCCUACUACAGGCUGACUGAGUGGUCCAAGAGAUGGAGACAGCUGGUCGACAAAGGUCCUCAGUACGGCACGGUAGAACGUGCUUGGAUGUCGCUGAUGAUGGAGGCUGAGAAGGUGAGGGCUCUUCAUCAUGUAGUGAAGAACAACCUGAUGAGCGAGACUUGAGAAAGUGAAGAACUUGGCAGAAGGACUCGUACCAUAUACCAGAUGAUGGGAGGCUUUAAGGAAACCAAAGAGGCAGAUGAAGGAUUCAAAAAGCCAGAGCCCUCUAAAAAGUUGAAGGAGCUUGAGGCCGCCAAGAAGUCAUACCACGUGGCCUGGAAAGAGGAGAAGCUGGCAUCUACCAGGAAAGCCACGGCAAGAUGCGAAGCCUCAGUGACUGCCGACUACAGCUGGAGAACUCCACGAGACAAGUGGGACAAGUGUAAACUGGGUCACUGAAGGGCCAAGGAAACGUAUGAUAAAAGCUGGGACGAGCUUAAUAAGUGCACACCUCAGUACAUGGAGAACAUGGAGCAGGUCUUUGACCAGAGUCAGCAGUUUGAAGAAAAGAGGCUGAGCUUCCUCAGGGAGGUGCUGCUGGACGUCAAGCCCAGCCCCCCCGACCCCCUCAACCUCACAGGAGACCAAAGGUUGAUGAUGACCGACAGGAAACUCGAACACACCAUCACAUCGGCCAGUGCUCAAGAUCUCCAGUGGUUUAACGACAACCACGGCGGCAUGCACAUGAGCUGGCCCUCAGUUGAACGUACCGAGUACAACCCAGACCUCACCCACAGCAUCAAGCAAGAAAAGGCAAAGAAAGGCAACGAUUCCAUCAUGUACAAUGUCACGGCCACAGUUGACACCCAAGCCGGAGACGAGGGAAACAUGAGCAGCUACGAAAAGAAGCAGGCGCACAGGGCUUCCAACGAGUGGUCGGACGAAGACCAGACGGCGCCAAACUCGGCAGGCGACACCAACGGCGCCGCUAACCCUUUCGACGACGACGACUCGGCCAAUGGCGUCAGAGUGCGAGCGCUGUACGACUACGAAGGCCAAGAGCAGGACGAGCUCAGCUUCCGAGCAGGUGACACACUGACAAAACUGGAGGAGGAGGAUGAGCAGGGCUGGUGCAAAGGUCGCCUGGACAGCGGCCAGCUGGGUCUCUACCCGGCUAACUACGUGGAGCCCAUCUAAAACUCACUGCCGUGGACGCUGGGGAAAAAACUCGUAACCGGACUGAAUGGUCCAAGCGUGGAUGCACGUCGACCGCCUUUUUCGAGCUCCCCGUUCGGUAUCACGCAACUCCUAAUUUUGCAUUUCUACGAGACGUACGUUCUUCAAAGCGGUGCCUGGAUUAGCGAGAACGAGCUAUGCAUUGUGCAUUCCGUGUCUAUAUUGACUUUUUUUUUUUUUUUUUAUCAUCUGGAUGCUUGUACAGAGUUCAUGUGUUUUCCGUCAUUGUGACUUCUUGACAUGUAUAGCCUUAAAGGGAGACUCCAAUUUGAGAUCUCACGCUACAGACAGACUUCUUCAGCAUUCACGUUCCACACCUUCAGUGAACCUAACGCUUGUUUUUUCCAAUAUGGGAGGCAAUGUAGAACCACAAAAAUGUGAGGCACAUUUGCUGACCACUAGGGCAGCUUGCUGCCAAUCACUCAACAACUGAGCGGCAAAAAAUAAAAAUGCUUUGACAUUUU